AUGUCGUGGAAGAUCUUAGCAAUUCUGUUCUGUAUAGUCGUAGUGGCGAGUGCACAGCACCACUACAGCUACAGUCAUGGUCACGAACAUGAAGAACACAAAUAUGAUGACCAUAAGCACGAAGAGGAACACGAUCAUGGUCCUGCACAUUAUGAAUUUCAUUAUUCUGUGAAAGAUCCUAAAACGAAGGACAUUAAGAGUCAAAAGGAAUCUCGUAAGGAUCACAAAGUCGAAGGUUAUUAUGAACUAAUCGACUCCGAUGGACAUCAUCGUAUUGUGCAUUACAAAGCAGACAAAAAGACAGGAUUUGAAGCUAAGGUUGAACGUAAACCAACCAAUAUCAAGGUGCCAAUUCCCAAGAUCUCCUAUGAACAUCACGAUGAUCAUCACUAUGACCAUCACGAUGACCAUCACGAAGAUAAUCAUCAUCACUAUUAUUCACAUCAUUGA